AUGCGUUCUCAACCGCAGGAGUCGACUGGCGGGGCCGUCCCUCCGCAAAAGACCAACUCCUCCGACUUUGAGAUCCUCUCAUCAGCGUUGCCCUUUGGCCAGCCUGUCCCCUUGGACGCCAUCUCCGGCCCUACCUACGUGACUGCUCAGCUCCUCGUGCAGCAGAUUGCCUACAAGCUCUCCGACAAGAUAUUCUCCUACUCUCCGGAGACUUUCGACCUCGACGUCGCCGCCAAGAACUGGGCUGCCAAACAGAACACCAACAUUCAUGGAUACGCCCCUCAGGUUCUCCCUCUGCAGACUAGAACCGGAGCUGGUGCCUUGGCGUUGGGAUACAUCUUUUCUCCCGACUUUGAUGUCUCGAGGAGACACAUUCCCCAGACCUUACUCGCCCCCUCGGGCAGUCUUCAACAGUUACGGGGCACUCUGGACCAACUCUCCCUCUUGUAUAGCGUUUCCAGCCCGUUUGUUGCCCACGUCGCUGCGGCCGAUUACACCGAUGCCGACGGCCUUGUUUCCAAUUACGACACGGCAUUGAGAUUGGCGGAGGAUCUUGGCCUAGGUCUGGUUAGCAGCUCUUCUACAUAUGAGGCUCAGCACAUGUCCCUGUUCUCGACUCUGCUCGCUACUGUCUUACCUACGCUCCAUGUCUACGAUGGUAUCCGCGUUGCUAGAGAAACUCUGCGAGUUGUCGAUGCUUUGAGCGAGUCUGGUGUCGCCGACGUAUACAACAAGCUUGUGUCUGAGGCGGGCAAGCUCAACUCUCAUCUGGACACUGCCGGCAAAGUCGUUGAGCUGCUGAAGCUGUUCAACGAUGAGCUUGGAACGGUUUACCAGCCGUUUGAAUACCAUGGCCACGAAACCCCGGAUGUGGUUCUGGUUGCCUUUGGCAGCGUCGAAACCCAAGUUGCCAAACAGACUCUGAACAAGAUCGCUGCUGAUGGUGCCAAGGUCGGCGUCAUCAAUGUCCGCGUUUACCGGCCAUUCAUCGAGGAGGAGUUCCUCAAAUCCAUCCCUGCCUCAGCUCGCACCAUUGCUGUCCUCGGCCAGGUUCGUGACCACGUUGCCGUAGCGGACGAUGCCACCCAGUCCGCCCUCUACGGCGAUGUCUUGGCCGCCGUUACGUUCUCUGCAAAGUUUAGCGAGGAGCCCCGAGUCCUUGACAUCAAGUACACUCCCGCCCAGUCCCUGACUCCCCAGGGCCUGGUAAACACAUUGAACAAGGUGUUUGGCAACGAGGAUGAAGCCAAGGCCUUGCCUUCUCUGGUUAAUGCUGAACAAUACACUUUCUGGGACGUUGACAACUCAGCAGCUGUCAACUCUCCCGCCGUUAUUGGCCACAUCCUUUCCAAGCAGUCCACAACCAAUGUUUACGUUCACGCCACGUAUGAUAACCUCACGCAGGGCGGUGUUGUCCGCACGGAUGUGCGAGCUUCCAGGAAAGCCCUGGAGGCUCCUUACGACGUGUAUGAGGCGGAUGUCGCUGUUAUUGGUGAUGAUUGUGUGCUCAAGGAUGUAAAUGUUGUGGAGAGCGUCGCCCACGGCGGCAAGAUCAUUCUCAAGCUGCCCAAUUUCAAGGUCGAGGAGGUUGAGAAGCGUCUCUCUGCUGCAUUCCGCAAGGCUGUUCAGGAGAAGGACGCCCAGCUCUUUGUUCUGGACACUUCCUUCUCCCCUGCCUUUGAGAAGGAUGCUCAAUCCAAGUUGCUUCUUGAAUUGGCUUUUCUGAAAGUUGCCCAGCCCGAGCUUUCUCCUGAGAUUAUCAGCAAGCUGGUCCUUGUUGAAGGCCACCCGCCCACUUUGGAAGAGUGUGCUGAAGCUGUCAAUCAGUGCCUCAGUAAGCUUGAAGUGCCAGCUACCUGGGCUGAAGUCGCGGACAACUUUGAGGCUCCCCGGCUCCCCAUAUCCCUCCAGUCCAACAGUUUCCUUCCGUUCCGGAAGGAAGAUGUCGAGGAGGCUCUGGAGCUCCGCGACUGGCAGACUGCCGCCAAGGGUCUCGUCUUCAAGGAAGCUUACGAGACACGCACGGGGCUCCGACCAGAUUUGCCAGUCAAGACGGCUACUAUCCGUGUCAAGGAGAACCGUCGCCUUACCCCCUCCGAUUACGAUCGCAACAUUUUCCACAUUGAGUUCGACCUUGGCGACUCUGGUCUCACGUACAAGAUUGGUGAAGCCCUUGGAAUCCAUGCCGAGAAUGACGAGGAGCAGGUCUCUGCGUUCAUUCAGGCCUAUGGCCUCAACCCGGCCGAGCUGGCCCGGGUACCUGCUCGCGAGGAUCCUGAGGCGUUGGAGAUUCGUACCGUUCAUCAGGCUUUGAUCCAGAACGUCGACAUUCUCGGCAAGCCACCGAAGCGAUUCUACGAAGCCCUGGCAGAGUUUGCUACCGACGAGACUGAAAGGAAGAAGCUCGAGGCCCUUGGCAGCUCUGCCGGGGCCGAGGACUUCAAGCGACGCUCCGAAGUAGACAUGCUGACGUACGUCGAUGUCCUCGACGAAUUCAAGUCUGCCCGCCCCAGCUUCAACGACCUGGCCAGGAUGGUCAGCCCCCUCAAGCGUCGCGAGUACUCCAUCGCCUCGGCACAGGCCGUGACGCCCAACUCGGUGGCUCUGAUGAUCGUCGUGGUCGACUGGGUCGACACCAAGGGCCGCACUCGCUAUGGCCAUGCCACUCGCUACCUCAGCCGCCUGCAGCCAGGCGCUGUUGUGACGGCCUCUGUCAAGCCUUCGGUCAUGAAGCUCCCUACCAGGGACACGGCACCACUCAUCAUGGCAGGCCUGGGCACGGGGCUCGCUCCCUUCCGCGCAUUCGUCCAGUAUCGUGCCAUGCAGAAGGCGCAGGGCAAGGAAAUCGGCGCCAUCCUCUUAUACCUCGGUUCCCGGCACCAGCGCGAGGAGUAUCUCUACGGUGAAGAGUGGGAGGCGUACCUCGCCGCGGGCGUGGUUACUCUGGUUGGUGCUGCCUUCUCUCGGGAUCAGCCUCAGAAGAUCUACAUCCAGGACAGGAUGCGGCAAACUCUGGGGGAUAUUGCCAAGGCGUACGUCCAGGACCAAGGUAGCUUCUACUUGUGCGGUCCUACCUGGCCUGUCCCCGACGUGACCAAGGUCCUGGAGGAGGCCAUUGCAGCUGAUGCCAAGGCCAGCGGGAAAAAGGUCGAUCCCAAGAAGGAGAUUGAAAAGCUGAAGGAGGAGGGACGUUAUGUUCUCGAGGUAUAUUAG